AUGAAACAAACAAAAGGAGGACUCAUGUCCUUUAACAAUUUCCUGUCAACAAGUCGUAAUCGAACUAUUUCCCUCGACUAUGCACGUCAAGCAAUUCACGAUGAUACUUCGAUGGGCAUACUGUUUGUGAUGGCAAUUGAUCCAACAGUGUGCGCUGCAUCAAAUACUCCCUUUGUCAGCGUGACAGACGAGGGUUACUUCAACGACAACGAGGAAGAAAUUCUCUUCUCAACACAUACCAUUUUUCGUAUCGAACAAAUUAAACCUAUUCAUGAUGAUCAUACGGAUCGCCUAUGGCAAGUUAAUCUCACAUUUACCGGUAACGAUGACAACAAACUCAGCACGCUCACAACACACUUACGUGAAGAUCUUUCUCGGGCGACAGGAUGGCAUCGAUUUGGUGAAAUACUUAUUCGACUGGGUGACCCCGCAAAAGCCGAACAUCUCUAUACCAUACUUCUCGAAGCGGCAUCUUCUGAUGAAGAUCGUACGGGUUACUAUCAACAACUUGGUAGGGUGUAUUCUCGCAUGGGCGAGUACUCAAAAGCACUUUCAAAUUACGAACGAUCACUUCAAAUAGACAAAAUAGCUCUCUCUUCGAAUCAUCCCUCGUUAGCUACUUCCUACAACAACAUCGGUUUAGUGUAUGAUAGCAUGGGCAAGUACUCAAAAGCGCUUUCAAAUUACGAACUAUCACUUGAAAUCUACAAAAUAGCUCUCCCUCCGAAUCAUCCCUGGUUGGCUACUUCUUACAACAAUAUCGCUUCGGUGUAUUAUAACAUGGGCGAGUAUGCAAAAGCACUGUCGUAUUUUGAAAAAGCUCAUGAAAUAUGGAAAAAGUCACUAUCUCCAAAUCAUCCAAAUAUUGCAACUGUAAAAGAGAACAUUGAAAUUGUGAAAGAGAAAUUGUAA